CCAUUCAAAAUCUCAUAAACCUUUUCCCUCUAUGCUUUGUUUCUCUUGCUCACUAACGCCAGGUCUCCAUCGACACCGACUAUCCACCCUCGAACAGAUAACACCAACGACCCUGCGGACACCGUGAUAGAGAGCCCUCCACCAACAACCCAAAGAAACGGUUCCAAAUGUGCACCACUUACUCCGUAUAGUGACCGUAACCUUUGAAACGAACCAAAAUUUCCCAUCAUCAUCGAGCUACCCGUAAAUUCCCAACAUGGCUCCCAGGAAGCCCGCCAGCCCGGCGAAGCCACGACGCGUCACGCGCGCUCGAGCUGCCGAUACAGCCGCGACGCCAUCUCUCGAGGAAGCGCCCAAACGAAAGACAGCCACGACCUCCAAAGCGGUCCCGAAAACAACCAAGGCAAAAGCCAUAGAGUCAAAGUCUCGAGUCUCGAAGAAAACAGAAACGAAGAGGGCCAAGGCCACGCGACGAUCGACUCCAGUCGUCGAAGGCAACGGGAGCGACGACGAUGAGGACGAGAUCACUGUUGCUGCUGCUCAAACACAGCUGGGAACAACUCGAGCAGCACGAUCGACUCGAACCACGACGUCCAAUGCCUCGGCCUCCACAUCCACAUCCACACUCGCGGCUGCGCCUAGACGACGAAUAAAAGUCACGCCAUUAGAUGCCGCCGUUCCAGAGCCCGAACCACAACCUGCCAAGAAGACAGCAGCCAAAGAAAAGAAAGAAAAGUCGACGACGACAGCAGCAACAACCAAGUCAGCUGCUAUGCGGGCUAAAAGAAAUGUAACGACAGCCAAGGGAGACGAAAAGUCCGAAGAACCCGAGGUCGAGCAUGAACCUAAGAGACGAGGUAGAUCGACCAAGGCAGCAACAAAGGCAGAGCCUGAAAAAGUUACUUCGGAGCCCAUCACGACCGUGCGCAAGACUAGAGGUCGAGCAAAGAAGGAAGACACGGCAGUUGAGCCUGUCGAGCCUGCAUCGGCGCCAGUGACGACACGACAGACACGAGCGAGGUCCGGGUCAACAGCAUCGGCUACCGCGGCAGGGUCUGCAGUCAACGUUGUCAUACCCGCACCAACACGCAAGAGGGUCACUUUCCAAGACCUGCCCGAGGAUGAUGAGGACGACGAGAAAGAAAACAAGCAGCCUAUCACAACCUCCAGAGCGAAAGGCGUGAAGAAAGGCCCUGUUUCUUCUGCUGCGGCGACGAAGAAAGCAGAAACGAAUUCAAAGGGAAUGCGUGCAAAGCCUAUCCGCAAGCCUGCUGCGACCACGAAAUCGACUCGUGGCACUACGAGAGCCACAAAGGCCUCGAAAGCUGCCGAAUCCGAGACCGAAAAGGUCAUGCCGCGAGUGUUGACUCCCAAGAAGAUUACGCAAGUCGCCAAAGCAGCGCCCGUCGAUAGUGACGAUGAAGAUGAGCUCGCAGGUGACAAGACUCCCGUACGUGAUCUCAGUCUUUCCCCGAAGAGAGGACAUGUCUCGCCAAUACGACCAAUGUCGCCUGUUAAAACACUCGAUUUCACACCUGCACUCCAGUCACCGGAGAAACAGAGAUCAAACACAUCUCCCGGACUCAUGAGCCCACCUCGACGAAUGCCAUCUUCACCGUUCAAAGAUAUUUUGAAAGAGUCUCCGCGUCGUGCACCAGAAGGCGUGACCAUUUUCCGCGCACAAAUACAAGAUUCGCACAACAACAACAGCUCUUUGGCUUUGAACCCAAAGAAUCAACAGCAAUUGCUACAGUCUCCAAAACGCGGGUUGGCAGACACCAUUGUCUUUCCUCCUUCAGCUAUGAAGUCGAAGCAGUCGCCGUUGAAAUCAGCACUCAUGUCUUCGCCAGCGAGACGUCUGUUCUCUCCAUCAAAGCAGAAGACCCCAGCUCGGUUUUCGCCUUCACCUGUCAAGAAGCAAGCUACUCCUGUAGAGCAGACAAAAUCACCUGGAGAUGUUGACAUUGUCAUGUCUUCCCACUUUAGACCUUCCAUGUCUCCUCAACGUGGCGCUCGGGUUUAUAAGAUGAGCGAUGAAGAGAUUGCUCAAGAGACGAUGAACGAGAUGGACUUUGAUCAGUCUGUCUUGAACAUUAGGAGCCCACUAAAAGCCGACAAAGUCAAGCCUGUGGCCGAGAUGCCAGAUGAGGACCUUGAGCUGCGUGACUCCGCUGCACCGAAUGAGGACAGAUACGACGCAGAUGAUGCAGUCAUUGAACCAGGAUCUCUCGUUCCUGCUGAUGACCUCGAAACGGAUGGAGAUUCUGAAGCAGACAACGAUGAGACUGUUCUUGAUACAGCAUUGGUAGAGCAAGGCACCUUCGACGAAGAAAUGGAAGACGGGACCGUUCAAGAAGAUGCCCUGACAGAAGCCUCAGAGAAUGAGAAUACUCCUCAGCCCAUUCAACAGGUUUCCAGUAAGAAGCUGCGAUUACCGAACGCCCUCUUUCACCGUCUGCGAGAUAUUGAUGACGAGUCCGAGGACGAACUCGCUUCGGACCAAACACCAGUCGUGCGAAGCCGUCCUAAUGCCAGUGGUGUAACUCUCCACUCACGGCUUUCCACUGGCAUCGCACCUCCCAGUGCGUCCAGAGGUCUUGGUUUCACUCCACUUGUAGCACAGGUUCGCGACUGGCGUGCAGCCAGCCCGGAGAAGAGAAUGAGCUCGACGAGCAAGACACCUAUCUCAGACGUUGUAUUCUCGCCGCUCGCACAAGUGCAUGUCGCCGGAUCUGUCGAGGUGAAUAGGCAAGAUACUCCAGCAAAGCAGGCACAGAAGAGAAAGUCGGUCGCCGCUCGACUAUCCUUUGCAUCGUCAUCAACAGGAAGUCCAGCACAGCCAGAUUUCUUUGGUGAGGGUAUGGCUGCCCAAGAGUUCGAGGAACAAACUGAGGAGCUCGCGAAAGAUCCUGCCCAGGAGGAAGAUCUUCAUCAGAUCAUGCAGCAGCAAGGUGACACUGAAGGAGACGAGAAUGCCGAUGAGUCGUUGGAAGAAGGACAGGAUGACGAUUCUGAAGUGUCUAGCCAUGAACCUGGCGAGUUGACAACGGAUCUGAUCAAGUUCACCAAUGCCUCCGACACUGCCAUGGUCGAUUUCAAGGCUCUAGCAAAUGAAGCCGAGGGAAUGGCUGAUGGUGAAGCUGAAGCAACUACUGAUGACGAAGAACUUGAACCUACUGUGCUAGCUCAUAGGCUUUCGAUGGUCGAAGAAGAGCAUUCCGUCUUGUCAAAUUCUUCAGAGAAUUACGGAGACGAAAACUCACCUCCUCGUCCUGCUGCUGCCGCGUUUGAACUCGAUGAACCAGUUCCAGAAAGUGAGUCUCACGAAUCGGCAGAUACAGAAAUCAUUGGGGGUACAGUCAUCGGUGAUGCAUCAACUAGCGUUGCAAUCUCUCCAUCAGCAGUUGGACUCACUCCCAUGGCUAUUGAGAAGAGCAUAGAAAUGGACUUUGAUGUGACUCCCAUCCGACCAGAUCCAAACGCUACACGAGUUGUGCAUACGGUGGCAAAGGUCCCCCUUCGUCCAGAGGGUGAGAUUCCCGCAACUUCGUCUCCCAUCAAGAUGCAACGCAAGCGACCUAGGUCGUUAUCCACGUCCAACUCUUUGUCGGCCAAGAGGAGAAGUCUCGCUCUCGGCGGCCCGAUUGAUACGGCCAUCAUCAGUGCUAUGCGUGCUCCUGUUGACAAUGGCAGUGAAACUUUGAGUUCAUCACCGCAACGACGCAUUCGAAGUGCAGCACCAAGCCCUGCAUACACUCUCUCUACUGCCUUUUCGACACCUGGGCAGUAUAGUUUUGCAGUUGAAGAUUUCGGCGACAGCACACUCGAUGGUAUCGAACUACCCGAGGAGGAGAUGUCGUCGGACCUCGAAAUUGAGGAUCACCAAGAGGAAACUGAAACCGCACAGCCCACCGCCAACGACGAUACGAUGAUGACAAUCGGCUCGUAUAUCUUCAAGACACCUGCACCUUCGGUGAGAACUGCAAGAACGAGCAUGCUUCCUCCUCCGUCUACCGUCAUGUCUGUUGCAGCCAACACUACGACACCAAGCUACGCUCGGUCUACCAAUUCUAGCAGAAGGAAGAGCAUCAGCACACCGUCUCAUGCUGCGUCCGAUGCGGUUGCAACACCGGCACCGGCUACGACACCCGCUACAGUGUCAAAAAGCAGAAGCAAAACGCCAUCAACGAGUUUGAAGAGCAAGACUCCGGCGCGAACACCACUCAAAGCCAUCAGCGACGGACCCCUCAACGGUGCCGUUGUCCACUGUGACAUUCACACGAGUGAAGGCAGUGAUGCUUCGGCAAUUUACGUUGAUCUUCUCACGGCCAUGGGGGCACGCUGCGUCAAGGAGUGGCGAUGGAACCCGCGAGCCGCCCAGAACGAGGCAGCCGAGACUCCUGGUCACAAUGGCCAGGUCAUUGGCAUUACCCACGUCAUAUACAAGGACGGCGGUAAGAGGACGCUCGAAAAGGUUCGAAGUGCAGGAGGCCAAGUCCUUUGUGUCGGUGUUGCAUGGGUUCUCGAGUGUCAUCGCAAACAGUCGUGGGUGGAUGAAGGCCUGUUUUCGGUGGACACUGGUAUCAUGCCCCGUGGAGGUUCAAGGAGGAGAAAGAGUAUGGAACCUCGGAUGUUGAAGAAUGAAGGUGGCCAUUUGAGUUCAAAGAAGAGAAAGAGUCUGCCGGCCAGUCAUUUCACCUAUCAAGACGCAAAUGUGUCUGCUUGUAAGAAUGUGGCCGCUGCUCAGCAUGACGAGGAGGAUGAAAUUUCUUUUCGAGGAGCGGCAGCCGAAGAGGCCAGAGACGAAAACAGCAUGGACGAGUCCAACGUCGACCUCGACACUAGUGUGAUGCACGCGGACGAUGAGCAGGAUGACGAUUCCGUGCUCGCCGGCCACGACGAGUCAGAAGGUGAGAUCAGUUCGGCUUACAAUUCACCUGCCGCGGCGACGGCGGGCGAGACCAUGCAGUUUUACGAACUGCCAGACGCUUUGGCGACGUCGGCGGCACGGGACGAGUCGUUGUCGUCUUCACCUUCAGGGUCGAUGACCGGUCCAUCACGGUCCAAAACGGCGAUAAAUACCAGAACGCCACGGUCGGAAAAGGUGGACCUGAAUGUCGAUUACGACCCGAGGACCGCCGCGACACCAUUGACUCCUUACGUGAGGAGUAAGGGUGUGGUGACGGGCGUCGCCGGUACCGGUGUCGGUGUCGGUUCGGGGACGGAAAAGAUGAUGAUGAGCGCACCUCCGAAACAGACCGGCCGGUCUCUUUUCGACGAUGGUGACGACGACGACGACAAUCUGGGAGAGGAGAAGACGCAGAAACGGACGGCAAACGACCGGGGCAACGGAGACAAGUUUCGACUAAAGCUGCGUGGGACGAGGGGGGGGGGAGUCGACAGAAGGAGAACUCUGGCGGUCGGCGGUGGCGGUGGUGCGAACGGCCUCGGCUUCAGACCCGUCGUCGGGAGCCCACUGAGGAAGGAGUAG